AGGCUUCUCGUCGAGCAGAAGGCAAAAGGAAUCCAUAGUAAAAUGUUGAAGGAACUGCUUUUGGCAGCUCUGGCCAUAACAGCGGUCCUGGCAGUGGCCAAAGAUACGGACGACUUUGAUCCUUUUAUAGACAUACCAUUCAAGCGACUAAGGACUUCGGCCGAACGCAUCGAGUCGGAGGGCUACCCGGCCGAAUCGCAUUACGUGGAGACCCCGGACGGCUAUGUGCUGAACCUGUUCCGCAUCCCGCACUCGCCGAGGCUGAACAAUGGCCAGCUGCAGCGGCCGGCGGUGCUCAUCAUGCACGGAUUGUUCAGCUGCUCGGAUUGCUUCCUGCUCAAUGGGCCGGACGAUGCUCUGGCGUACAACCUGGCGGACGCCGGCUACGACGUCUGGCUGGGCAAUGCCCGGGGCAAUCUCUACUCGCGGAACAACACCCGGCUGAACGUGAGGCAUCCGUACUUCUGGAAGUUCAGCUGGCACGAGAUUGGGGCCAUCGAUCUGCCGGCCAUGAUUGACUACAUCCUCGAGCUGACCCAGGAGCGGGCCCUCCACUAUGUGGGCCACUCGCAGGGCUGCACCUCGUUCUUUGUGAUGGGCUCGUUCAGGCCCGAGUACAAUGCCAAAAUCAAGACGGCCCACAUGCUGGCCCCGUCGGUGUUUAUGGGCAACACCACCGAGGGAUUGAUAGUGGCCACGGCCCCAGUCCUGGGCGAGCCGGGCCUGGGCUCGGCUCUGCUGGAGAACCAGGUGCUGCUGCCCCACAACGACUUCCUUCAGCGAUUCCUGGACACAACCUGCAGCAACCAGCCGCUGACAUUGAGCUACUGCAAGACACUGGCCAUUCUCUGGGGUGGCCCCGACAUUGGUAACCUCAAUAGGACGCUCCUCCCCCAAAUCGUCGAGACCCAUCCCGCUGGCGUUUCCUCCAAUCAGGCCAUCCACUACAUCCAGUCCUACACUUCCAACCAGUUCCGCCUCUACGACUGGGGCAGCCGCAAGAAUCUGGCGUACUACGGUGUGGCGGAGCCCCCUUCAUACGAUCUCACCCAGAUUACCGCCGAGCUGUAUCUGUACUACGGCCUAUCCGAUGGCUCGGCCAACAAGGACGAUGUGGCACGCCUGCCCGAGCUGCUGCCCAAUCUGGCGCUGCUCCACGAGGUGCCGGAGCCCACCUGGGGCCACCUGGACUUUAUAUUUGCCGAAAAGGUCAAGAGCCUCAUCAAUGAUUUGGUCUUGGACCACGCCAAGGCCUACGAAGAAAGGAGCAAAUAAAUCGUUGAAAAAGUA